AUGGGCGAUGACGACGUCCUCGAAGGCCAUGACGACAUACUGGGUCUGGGGAUGGAAGGCUUGUAUGGUGGUAUCAUGGGCUACGACGCCGCGGAGGGCUACGGAACUGGCCGCGGGGUCCGGCGGCGCGCGGCGGAGCAGAAGGAGGUCACCUUCACGGCGGUGAUCGACACCGCGCCCGGGCCCAACCAGCACGUCUUCGUGAGCUCGAACGAGCUCCGCGAGCUCCAGCAGGAGCUCGCGAUGGAGCCCUGCGAGACCGGCGGCCGGAGACUCUGGCGGGCGUCGGCAUGGCUCGCCGUGCCCCACGCGGCGGCCGGGGCCGCCGGCUCGGCGCUGUCGUCCUCCCCGAGGUUGGCCUCGCUCGAGUCCGCGGCCGGGGAAAGCGUGCCGAUGUUCAGCGUGACGUACUCCAUCCGAGGCGGCGGCGGCAUCAGGUGGGCGGAGUCCAGCAUCACCGAGCCGGCGCCCCUCCGGGCGUUCUACUACCACUGGCCGCGGUUCCCAGCCGCCCAGGAGCGGGCCUCCGACGCCUUCGCGCUGCUCUUCCAGGAGGAGGUGCACCUGCUGCAGACGGGGCGGGCCUCCCAGCAGCAGUUCCUCUCGCGCUUCUACCGCCUCGCCCAGGCGCCCUUCGCGGAGGACCGGCGGUCGCUGGACGCCUCCCUGGAGGAGCUGAUCCUGCGGCACUGGGGCGAGGAGGCGAGGCCGCCCCCCCAGACGGUGCUCGCCAUGGCCGCCGCGCUCGGGUACUUCCGGCGGCGGCCGCACCCGCAGCAGAAGUCCGCGGGCUCCUUCGUCAGCCUCCCCGGCGGCUCCCCGCCCCAGCCGGAGGCGGGCGCUGGCACGCCGGGCAGGGGCCAGGACGGGGGGCCUCCGCCGUCGCUGGUGGUGUGCCGGUGGAUCGCGCGCCACUGCCCGCCGCGGUCCGAGCUCCCCGAGGAGCCUGGCGCGAGGACGCAGAGGCCACAGGAGUGCGACCUGGUCUCGAGGUUCUGCGUCCAGCGGGACACGCAGAUGGGCGUGCUCUUCGCCGUGGAGGUGCUCUACCUCGGGGAAAAGACGUUCGAGUGGUUGAGGCUGCUGGGCUUCCUGCGGGAGUACACCCUGCCGGAGCCCAUCAGCAUCUCGCUCUGCACGGCCGGGGAGCGGGACAAAAUCGUCCAGUCGUUCUUGCACGCCCUCGGCGAGGUCGUCGGCGACAUCCAGCAGCAGCAGCGGCAGCUGAGGGAGCUGGAGGUCCGUGACGCGGAGGAGCGCUCCAGGCACGAGCAGGAGCUCGCGAGCAGCGUCGAGCGCUCGUUCACGGGCCUGGCCUCUUUCUGCCCCUCGGCGGACUGCCUGCACAAGCUGGUGUUGCAGGUGCAGGAGAGGCUUCCAGAUAAGCUUGACAUCGUCAUGCCGUUGGUGUUCGGCCGCCUGCAGACGCUGCACUUCGGCAGCCAGGACAAGGACGCCCUGAGGAAGAUGAUCCGUGACAUCCCCGCCAUGCGCGUGGACGCGUGCGCCGCCGCGCUCCUGCAGAGCAAGCACCACCCCAGCGACGCCUUCGCCGCGGCCGAGAUCGUCAGGUGCGUCCAGGAGAUCACCGAGCACACCGCGCGCGGAGACGAGCGGCAGCAGCUGCUGAGCGCGCUGCGGCGGUGGUUGGCGCGCCACUACGGCCACGCGCCGGAGAAGGCCGACCGCUGGCCGGGGGAGGACCAGAGAAACCGACCAGCGAGCUGA